CAGCUGAUUCCCCACAACCAGGAAGCUGAUUGCACUUUUUUCAGUGUUUGGAAAGAAAAGCCACCAGGUUAUCGUAAACAUCAACAAAAACUAGACACCCUGCGCUGGUAUAUCCAUUCGUUUUUAUGUUUUAAUAAAUACGAACGAGUAUUAACACACAUUUAACAUGUUUGGUGGCGCCGACGAAGAGGAUGGAGAUUUCCUGUCUCCUUCGGGGGGGGCCAAGCUGGCCUCCCUGUUCGGACUGGACCAGGCGUCCAGCCAGGGCAACGAGUCCUUCCAGUACACUGCUCCCAAGCAGCCCAAGAAGAACUCUGGAGCAGGUCUGGCAGGCCAGAAACAGGCUCCGCCCCCGGGUGCGCCGGCGGUCCUGCUCGCCACGGCAGUCCAAGCCUUCAGAUACAUAAAUGGACAGUACGCAAACCAGGGCAAACUGGGAGCUGCUGUCCUGGGGAAUCUCUCAUCGAAAGAGCACAAACUCCUGCUGUACCUGAGCCAGCAGAAGCAGGUGGCCGCAGCCACCAUCCAUGCAAGUUUCGUCUUUACGGUCCAGCCAAACAACUACUGCACGUUCUACGACGACCAGCGUACCAACUGGUCGCUGAUGUUCGAUACAGAGAAAAUAGCGUCCGACUUCUGUAAGGAGGUGUGUCUGGCCAAGGUGAACAGUGCCCCCACCCUGGAGGGGGUGGUAGUGCAGGAGCUGGGCCUGGGGGAGGGCCCUGCGGUGGAGGCGGGAGACUCCCUUGAGGUGGCCUACACCGGCUGGCUGCUCCAGAACCACGCCCUGGGUCAGGUGUUUGACUCAAACGUGAACAAGGACAAGCUGCUGAGGAUGAAGCUGGGAUCCGGGAAGGUGAUCAAAGGUUGGGAUGAGGGCAUGGUGGGGAUGAAGAAGAGUGGGCGUCGCCUAAUGGUGAUCCCGCCCACUUUGGCCUAUGGCUCCAAGGGAUUGGCUGGUCGCAUCCCCGCUGACAGCACAUUGGUGUUCGAGGUGGAGCUUCGACGGGUUAAGCUAGCCAGGGACAGCGGGUCGGACCUGACGAGUGCUGCCCCCUCCCCCGCCCCCUCGCUGACCCCUUCACCAGCCCCCAGUAUGGAGAACCUGACCCCCGAUAGCCUGGCCCCCACAACCAGCUCCGGCCCAGGGAGACCUGGAGAACAUCCCCUGCGUGCCAAGUCCAACUCCCUCAGUGAACAGCUGGCGAAUCCUGACACGGCCAAAGCGAAGCUCAUUUCUCGCAUGGCCAAAAUGGGCCAGCCCAUGUUGCCGUUCCUAGCGGGGGGGUCCGGGCAGCCAGAAUCCAGUGACUCAGAGCUGGAGGACUCCAGUGUUUCCAGGGGGAAGGAGAGAGGAGAAGUAUCGGCUCCCGUUCAGAUCACCUCCAACCCACCCCCCGCCACACAAGUGCAUCCUCAUCCUCACAUGGUGCAGCAUACUGCCUUAAUGCCCGUCGCCCCGCAGCAUGCUGGGAUACCAGGCUCAGGGCUCGCCUUCCAGCCCUACUCGUACGGCAGCCAAACUGCAGUGGCGUCCGCACAGCUCCAGCCCUUGGGCCCCAUGGGUCCCGGGUACCCCGCCCAGACUGUCUCCUACAUGGGCUCUGGUGAUGUCACUUCCUUCCUGAUGACAGAGGCCCGGCAGCACAGCACUGAGAUCAGAUUGGCCGUCGGUAAAGUUGCCGAUAAAGUUGACCAGCUGAGCUCAAAGAUGGAGGAGCUCAGUCGGCAGGGUGGUGUGUCAACGGGCCUCUCCAACGCCUCAAUGGAAACCUCCAUGAUCAUGCACAGCAUCCAGAGGCUCGUUCAGGAAAACGAGUGUUUGAAGAAGGAGGUGUUUGAGAAGAGCUCCCGCAUUGAGGAGCAGAACCGGAAGAUCGGGGACCUCAUCAACCAGAACCAGAGACACGUGGAGCAAAGCAACCUUCUGAUGGAGCAGAGGAGCGACUCCCUGCAGACAUCCAGCCAACAGAGCCACACGCGCCUUCUGGAGGCGGAGAAAGACAAGGUGCGGCUCACCGAGGACCUAGCGUCCUCCGUUACCCGUGCGGCUCAGCUCCAGCUGGACGCGGCCUCCAGCCAGCAGAGGGCGACGGACCUGCAGAUCAAACUGUCUGCUGCCCUGCAGGAGGGGGUCGGCCAAGGGGAGCGCAUCAGUGCCAUGGAGAUCCAGCUGGAAGAGCUGAAGGAGAGCGUAGCCUCGCUCCAGACUCAGUACCGUGCGGAGAAGCAGAGACGUAAGGAGAUGGAGCAGGCACUGGGAGAGGUCAAGGAGGAGCUGCAGGAUGCUAGGAGUGACAAGGAGAACCUGGAGAAGACGCUGGCGGACAGGAAGAGGAAGUGGCAGGCAGAGCGGCUGCGGCGGGACGAGGAGGUGGAGGAGGUGCGGAGGAGCAGCCAGGAGGAGGUGGACGGCCUGAGGGCGCAGCUCCGCAAGGCCAGGAGCAGCCACGACGGAGCAGCCUCGGAACAGCUGUCCCAGCUGCAGGCGGAGCUGGAGGAGGAGUGGCGGGGUAGGAGUGAGAAGGCGGCUGCUGCCAGCAGGGAGCAGCACAGACGGGAGGUGUCGGAGGUGUCGGAGCAGAGAGAGGCUCUGCAGCAUAGGGUGGGCCAGCUACAGGACAAGCUAGCAUCGUUGAAGCAGGCCAGAGACGCAGAGCAGAUGGACUCACAGCAUCAGGACCACAGCCAGGCUCUGCAGCUCCUGCAGGAGAAGUACGCAGCGUUGGAGCAGCGGUCUGCGGCGGCGAGGGAGGGGCUCCAGGGGAGAGUCUCUGAGCUGGAGGGGAAGAUGGAGGAGCAGGCCGCGGUGGAUACAGCAGGAGAGGUGAAGCGGGUGAUGAACGGGGUCUUCCAGUCCUUGAGGGGUCAGUUCCAGGUGGAGCAGUCCUACUCCGGCCAGGUCGUACUGGGCCUCAUCGUUUCCACCAUCAAGAACGUGACUCUCCAGCUCCUCAGCGGCUCGGACACACAGACGGUUAAACGUGAACCGCAGGAAGAGGAAGACGAGGAGGAGGAGGAGGAGGAAGAAGAGGAAGAAGAGGAGACGAUGGCGGACAAUGAACGUGAUGUGAGGCAGAGAGACGCCGCUCCGCUGGUCAACGGCGAGAAAGAAACGGAGGACGCAGAAGAAGGGCAGGCGCGGGUGGUGCAGAACGGACUUGCAGGAACGCAAGCAAAGGAGGAGUCAGUAGAGUCGGUGGAGGCGGUCGUCGCCGUGGAGACGGAAGUCGCUCUGAGCCCGGCGACGUUCGUGGGGGAAGAGGAGGAGGAGGAGCCGCCGGCGGCGUCGGAGGCGGAGCCGACGGCCUCUGAGGGGGUGCCGGGUGCGUCUGAGGUAGGGGCAACGGGGGCGUCUGAGGCGCAGCCCAAGGCGUCUGAGGCAGAGCCAUCGGCAGCGUCUGAGGCGGAGCCAAAGGUUUCUGAGGCGGAGCCCAAGGCGUCUGAGGCGGAGCCGACAGCGGACCCCUUGACCAGCGCCCCUGCAGACAGACAGGAUGUGAUCACGACCCAGGGGGAGCCGGAGAGAGGACGCUCGACAACAACCGCCGCUGAUCUGGAUCCAAGCCCCGCCUCCCGGUAUACGCAGGAGCCCGCCGGCUCUUCAGCGCCUGAAGGGAGCUCCGGGGUCGACCCCCUAGAGAGCGAGGUCAUGGCACCCGCCCCCCUGCUGGGAGGAGGCGGAGCCAGCAUGGACACAGAGGAGCCCGUGGGUGCCGUCACCGUGACGAUCGAGGAACGGACCGGCCCACCCAAGCACCCCCCACCCCCGCCCAAUUCCCAGCGGGACGGCACGAGUCUGUGUGGCGGUCUCGGUGAGGAGCGGGAAGAGAAGGAGGAGGAAGAUGAAGAGGAGUUUUUCCAGAGCACCCUAACAGCCAAACCAUCGCAGCCACCACCCGACCAUCUGGAGGAGGAGGAGGAAGAGGAGGAGGAGGAGAUGAGUCUGAAGGGCCGGCCGCCCCCCACGCCGCUGUUCGGCGAGGACGACGAUGACGCAGAGGACCUGGACUGGCUGAGUUGAGGCCGUGCCCGGCAGAGGAUCGUCUUGUUUUUAUAAUUUGAACGUUUUGAUUUUUAAAAUGUUCCUGUGUGUGUGAGAGGAGUAUCUCUUCAGGACAAAAGAACAGUGCCUCGGGAUGGAGGACGAGUGGAGUGAACUGGAAAUGAACAAGCGUCAGUGGUUCUCUAACUGACAUUUCUGUUGAUUGUGUCGAGUCUUUGAAUGUCUUUCAUUUUCGUGUUAUUUUUUAUUUUAUAAUUAUUCUGUAGCUGACCACUUAAUGAAUCGGAGGCCUCUUCGGUCAGUGGGAUCUGAAUGAAAUGUUUCAUUUUCUGCUUUGUGAAUUCUAAUCUACUUUUAAACUGUCCGUUUUAAUUAUUCCUCAUCAAAAUCCCAAUCUCUGAAAUAAAUUACAUUGAACCUGAGACAUCUGUUGGUGUUUUUGUGG